GCACAGCGCCCCGAGCCCAGGCGCCUCCCCGCCCCCUCCCCGCGCUCCGCGGCGGCGGCGGCGGCAGCAGUAGCAGCAAUAUGGCUGUUGAUGGGUGUUCGGGGUGGCGCUGGCGGCGGGAGGAGCUCCCCCGAGCCCCUGCGCCGGCUGCCCGUUGCUAGCUAUGGCAAAUGGUGGCGGCGGCGGCGGCGGCAGCAGCGGCGGCGGCGGCGGCGGCGGAGGCAGCAGUCUUAGAAUGAGUAGCAAUAUCCACGCGAACCAUCUCAGCCUAGACGCGUCCUCCUCCUCCUCCUCUUCCUCCUCCUCCUCUUCUUCCUCCUCCUCCUCUUCCUCCUCGUCCUCGGUCCACGAGCCCAAGAUGGAUGCGCUCAUCAUCCCGGUGACCAUGGAGGUGCCGUGCGACAGCCGGGGCCAGCGCAUGUGGUGGGCUUUCCUGGCCUCCUCCAUGGUGACUUUCUUCGGGGGCCUCUUCAUCAUCUUGCUCUGGCGGACGCUCAAGUACCUGUGGACCGUUUGCUGCCACUGCGGGGGCAAGACGAAGGAGGCCCAGAAGAUUAACAAUGGCUCGAGCCAGGCGGAUGGCACUCUCAAGCCAGUGGACGAAAAAGAGGAGGCAGUGGCAGCCGAGGUCGGCUGGAUGACCUCUGUGAAGGACUGGGCGGGGGUGAUGAUAUCUGCCCAGACACUGACUGGCAGAGUCCUGGUUGUCUUAGUCUUUGCUCUCAGCAUUGGUGCACUUGUAAUAUACUUCAUAGAUUCGUCAAACCCAAUAGAAUCCUGCCAGAAUUUCUACAAAGAUUUCACAUUACAGAUCGACAUGGCUUUCAACGUGUUCUUCCUUCUCUACUUUGGCUUGAGGUUUAUUGCAGCCAACGAUAAGCUGUGGUUCUGGCUGGAAGUGAACUCUGUGGUAGAUUUCUUCACGGUUCCCCCAGUGUUUGUGUCUGUGUACUUAAACAGAAGUUGGCUUGGUUUGAGAUUUUUAAGAGCUCUCAGACUGAUACAGUUUUCAGAAAUUUUGCAGUUUCUGAAUAUCCUUAAAACAAGUAAUUCCAUCAAGCUGGUGAAUCUGCUCUCCAUAUUUAUCAGCACAUGGCUAACAGCAGCUGGGUUCAUCCAUUUGGUGGAGAAUUCAGGGGACCCAUGGGAAAAUUUCCAAAACAACCAGGCUCUUACGUAUUGGGAAUGCGUCUAUUUACUCAUGGUCACAAUGUCCACUGUUGGCUAUGGGGAUGUUUACGCAAAAACCACACUUGGGCGCCUCUUCAUGGUCUUCUUCAUCCUCGGGGGACUGGCCAUGUUUGCCAGCUACGUCCCUGAAAUCAUAGAAUUAAUAGGAAACCGCAAGAAAUACGGGGGCUCCUAUAGUGCGGUUAGUGGAAGAAAGCACAUUGUGGUCUGUGGACACAUCACUCUGGAGAGUGUUUCCAACUUCCUGAAGGACUUCCUGCACAAGGACCGGGAUGAUGUCAACGUGGAGAUUGUCUUUCUUCACAACAUUUCCCCUAACCUGGAGCUAGAAGCUCUGUUCAAACGACAUUUUACUCAGGUGGAAUUUUAUCAGGGUUCAGUCCUCAAUCCACAUGAUCUUGCAAGAGUCAAGAUAGAGUCAGCAGAUGCGUGCCUAAUCCUUGCCAAUAAGUACUGCGCUGACCCUGAUGCUGAAGACGCCUCCAACAUCAUGAGAGUAAUCUCCAUAAAGAACUACCAUCCGAAGAUAAGAAUCAUCACUCAGAUGCUGCAGUAUCACAACAAGGCGCAUCUGCUAAACAUCCCAAGCUGGAACUGGAAAGAGGGGGAUGAUGCAAUCUGCCUCGCAGAGCUGAAGCUGGGGUUCAUAGCCCAGAGCUGCCUGGCUCAAGGCCUCUCCACCAUGCUCGCCAACCUCUUCUCCAUGAGGUCAUUCAUAAAGCAGGGAGAAAGAACUUCUGUCCAACUUUCCUCAAGACCCUGAAGGGCCUCACCUCUGGAGCCAAGGACGUCCCCUCCAGCCCAGCUAAUCCCACUGCCAAGUUCCUAUUUAGGAAGAGCCUGUGGGAGAGGCCCAGCCAGAGGCCCCGGUGUAACUGAAAACACAUUUCCCUCCUAGGGUUAUGUUACCGUGUUAUUUCUGCCCGGGGCCAACUCCUCUGUGUUUGGAGGUAGCUCUCUGAACAUGGCCUCUUGACAUUCAGGUGGUCUUUGUGUUGGAAUUUGCUAAGGCACAUGACCUGGAAAUAACAAGGUUUACCUUCAUAUAGGUUUUUUUUUUUUAAUUUAAAAUAAGGACAGUGUUAAGCAUGUGCUCCCGUUCUGUCAUCAUCGUGUACUUACCCACCAAACCCCCGAUCCUUGUCUCUUUUAGGUCAUAAUAAACACCAUGAUGAUGUUCUCCUCGGCAUGUUUAUGUAUUAUCUCUCAUUCCAUAGGUCACAAAGCCUUCACUCCUUUUUAUUUGGCAGGUGGGAAGAAGGAAAAGAGAAUCUAUAAAUGGAUGAGUGUUUACAGAAACGUGCUUCCUUCCCCAGUGUCCCCCAUGUCCUACAGCAGACAAUUCAUUAGCACUUCCACAGAGACAGGCAGGCCUUGAGGAUGGAGGGAGGUGGGACGAGGCUUUGGCACAUUUGAUCCCUUGAGAACACUUAGCGUUUCUGGAAGCCAAACGUGGAGUGUGAGCUCAGCCUGUCCCUUGCCCUGGGCAGGUACAGCGUCUAUUUCUUGGUUCUGCAGAAUGCAUUGUACUCUGCCCCUGUUGAGCAGAGAAGAAAGAGGAACAAGACUGAAAUUAUGAUAUAUCAAAGGUAGAAUCACGGUGGCUUCCCACUGGGCUUUUCGUGUCCAUGAGACCAAAAGCCAAGGCUGGAAGUAAGGACAACAAAGCUCAACAAAAGAGAGAUAGGGUACUGGUAUGCAGGGGUUACAAAAUAGACCCAGCCCAGAGGUACCAGGAAAAUAUGAGGAACACCUGUUUAUCCCCUGAACAAUGUCACUUGCAAAGUUUCUUAUCCUGGGGCCUCAUUGCUCCUGAAAGCCUAGCUUCCAUUUUGGAGAUGUCAUCUCAUAAUUGAUCUAAACUUUUGGGGAAUCUAUAUUUUUAGCCCACAUCCUUGGGGGUAAUGAAUUCAAGUGUGCUAACUACUGUUAAAGACUUUCUCCUGGUUAUUUGUAUUUAAUUUGCUCCGCUUAACCCUCAAGGCAUGCCCUCCGCAGUUUCUUGUGUGCUGGGAUUUAUUUAACAAAUUCAUGCUAACCUUAUAGCCAAUACCUUCACAAAAGAGGUACGGGUUGGCCAGUCAAGGGUCCUCUGACCCAGCAGCCUGUUAAUGAGAGGCUAAGCCUUUUCCCCAGCAGCACCCAGAUUUUGCCCUGGGUUCCUUUAAGUAGUGAAGGUGAUCGUCUGGUUCCUUUGACUUGUCUACAUCUACGUGUUAACCAGGUGAUCCCAUCCACCUGUCAGGUUCAAAUGAGAAUCUUUCUAAGGUCUUCCGUAAAGACAAAGACAAUGAACUUAUUUAGCCUGUCUGCCAUUGCCUCAUAACGGACCACACUUACCCUCUACUUGGCUUCCUCCCUUGGAUGUAUUUUAAGAUCCAUUGAUUUUUUUUUUCUUUUUCUUUUGGUUUUAGAGUUCUAGCAUGUAAUACUUAAGUUUCUCUUCAGCAGAUGUGGUUUCAAGUUGGGGCUUGACCUGCCAUCUCUGUGAAUUGUGCUAUUAUUCUUACUAGGAUUAGCUGUCCUUGGACAUGAUAAGUUGUGUGUGUGGGUGUUGUAUAUAAUUUAGAGAGUGAUUAACUCUUAACAUGUCGUUUCACUCUACACGGAGUCUUCAGAUUUAGCACAUUUAAAUCAUUCUCGGGAUUGCCAACUAUUUUAACUCUGCUAAGCUACCAUUUAUGCGUGCGCACGCACACACGGACACAGCCUGGAACAUGGCAUGCACUCCGUAAUUAUUUCUUGGUUGAAUGAAUCAAUUAGGAAACCGGAAAAAGUAUGUGAUGUCCUUCUUGUAUUUUUUCUCCCUGUUUUACAAGCUUUAGAAUUUGUGGGUGAAAUGUUACUUAAUAUUGAUCACAACACGGUCUCCUUUGUCACAUUUUCUAUUUCUGAGUGAGGACGCCAUAGGAAAAUCAGGUCCAUGUUCUUCAGAGCAUAUCCUGGCUGCAGUGGACUUUGCUGGACAUGAAAAACGUGUGUUCAUUAUUGAUAUUACCAUAUUAAGAUAAAUACAUAGUCCUGGUGCUACUUGUAGCCAAACGAAUCAUUGUAAUACCUUUAUUUUGGGUUGUGUUUAUGUGCAGAUGUGUUUCUUAUAUGCAUGUGUGAAUGCAUUAUGGUUUACGAGCUAGAAAUAUAAAUCAAGACUCUAAUAAUGGCUGAACUAUAGUGAGUUCUAACUGUGUGCCCAGCCCUGGGCUAAGUGUUUUAUGUACAUCAGACAUUUACUUCUCACAGUGACCGAACCCAAAACUGGCACUAUUAUCAUCCCCACUUUCCAGUGGCAGACGCUGUGGGUUAUGAGUUCAGCAACCUGUAUGAGGGCAGAAAGCCUAGAAUUGACAAAUUCAUGUCUCAGACCAAACAAACUGUCUCCAGGUCCUUGGGUACACCAAGAGGAAAUACGGUAAAUGGUAAGGGGGACCUUCUCUAGUGCCAGCAUCAUAGCUUUCUGUAGUUUAUGGAAACGGUUGCUUUGAUAGAGAUUUCCUGAAUACCUACUGUAUUCCAGACAGGGUGCUAAUCUCACUGUCAUCUUCAUGGCUAGGAGGCACUCAUAAGCUUCAGGAAGCUUCUGUUAUGACUGGGAUGUAUGGGCACACAUUUGCAAGCCCCAUUCUCUGGGUCUUGAUGGCCUUUCUCUCUGGCCAGCUCUAUAAGGGCAGAAUUCACUGCAUCAAGACAUGGGAACCUAGGCUGGGAUGAGUCAGGCUGGGGAAAUGCCCCAGGCUUUCCAGAAGGAAGUGACAUCACUCACUGCUGUAUUCAGGAGGUAAAGCUAAUUGGCUUCAGUAGAUGCUUCUGGGAGAAAACAAACAGUUCUUAUUGGCUGGUGGGUAUGAGCUCUGUAGAUCUGAGGUGUUCACCCAGGUGAGGGAGACAUACUAGAAACAGGGCUCAACCUGUGUGGACAGAAGCGAGGUGGGUGACAGGAUGUCUUAAAGGGGGCCAGGGCUGCAAUGGAUAAGGCUGAGGUCAAGGAGGCUUUCUGUUUCUAGGAGGGGAAGCUAAUGGUGUUAGAGUAGAGGGUUUGUCUGGCAAAGUAAAUCCGCGUAGUGUAAGUUAGAUAGUGAGAGCCAAACUGUUGCUUAUUUCAUACCCUUGGGUGUCAUCCUAAGCACAAAUGGUGUCAUGACAGUGGACUUCUGCAGAUACCCUCACCAGUGGAGAGAGCAGCUCCCAAUACAAGUAUACUCACAUGUGUAUUCUCAUAAAUCCUAGAUAUAUAGAGGAUUCCCAUUUUUUAAGAUGUUUAUUUAUUCUUGAGAAAGAGAGAAAAGGCAGAGAGAGAGGAAGAGAGACAAUUCCGAGCAUGCUUGGUGCUGUCACCGUAGAGCACCAUGCAGGGCUCGAACCCACAAACUGUGAGAUCAUGAUUGGAGCCCAAAUCAAGAGUCAGAUGCUUAACUGACUGAGCCACCCAGAUGCCCCAAGGAUUCCUAAAUAUAUUUCUCCAUCCAGAACCUCUCCCUGGACCCGAUAUCAUCUGUCUAACUGAUACUCAGCAUCUCUAUUUGAAUGCCUUAUCUCAUCUGAGACCUAACAUAUCCGGAAUUGAAUUCCAGUUCCUUGUCUGGAAACCUGUCUCCUCCCAUUACACUAUGGGUGAUGCCAUUACUUCCCAUUGCUCAAACUGAAAUAUUUGGAGUCAUCCCUAGCUUCUUUCUUUUUCUCCUGCACCACAUUGAAUCCAGCAGGAAAUCCUCUCUGUUUGACUUUCCAAAUAUGCCCAGGAUCUGAGCGCUUCUCACCACUGCCACUCUUCCUGUCAGAUCCACACCACCAUCCUCGGUCUCCUUCAGCGUUAUACCAGUCUCCUAACAUCCUCCCUGCUCUGUUUUUAUCCCUCCCCCACUCCAGUGUAUCUUCAGUAAAGCAUCCAGGACAAUCCUUCGCAGGUGUGAACCAGAUCUUGUCACCCUUCUGCAUGAAUCUUACCAAGGCAUCUCAUCUCACCAAGAUAAGAUUCUUACCAAGGUCUCUAGGUCCUAAGCAAUCCUCACUGGCCUCAUCUUGUAAAUGCUCUCUUGCUCCUUACUGUCAGCCACACCUGCUUCAGCUAGUCUGCACGUUUUGCACGUGCUAUUCCUCUGGCUGAAACACUCUUCCUUCAUGUAGCUUCAUGGCUUCUCCCUAGCAAAUCCUUCAUGUCUCUGCUUAGUGUUCAUUUCUCAGUGAGACCUUUCUCUAAAACAGUAGAAGUCCAUUUUUAAAAGGGCUUGAAAACAAAUUUUUAAUUGAAAUAUAAUAUACAAACAUAAAAAUGUACAUCUAAUAAAUGGACAGCUUAUUAAAUAUUCAGAAACUCAGAACUCUCAUGUAACCAGGACCCGGAUUAAGAAGCCACACAUUAUCAGAACCUCAGGAGCCCCCCCCUUUUUUUUAAUGUAUCAGUGUAUGUGCGGGUCUGUUUCUGGGCUCCCCUGGGGAGAAUUGACAUCUCUACCAUGUUGAGUUCUCCAGUCUAAUAUGGCAUAUCUCUAAUAAAGAGAUGCUUUGCAGUUCAACAGUUUUCCUGUAAAAUGCAGGAGAAUCAAGAAGAAAGUGACUAAGCUCAUAAAUUUCUCUGGGGCUCCUGAGGGUCCCUACAGGGAAUAAAUGUCCCACUUCACCGUAUUCUCCAGGAAGGAUUUAGAGGUUCUCCUUGGCUUCAUGGGGUGAGUAAAGUUUCCAUAGUAAAAGCAUCCAAAUAACAUUUUCAAGAUUUACAUCACUGUCCCCUCCAGAACCCCAUACAUCUAUGGCCUUAUCUAUGCUUCUGACUUUGUUUUCCUCCGUGGCAUUGUUUAUUGCCUCUUUUCUCUGAGACAGUGUAAACGCUGUGAAGCCUAGGGCUACUCGCUGAAUCCCCAAUGCCUGGAACAGCGCCUGAUGCCCAAUAGGUACUCAAUAAAUGCGUGUUGAAUAAAUAAAUGAAUAAAUUGGCCUUAGCCUUUCCUGGCCAGAACUUUAUGACAGACAGCUGGGUGGGGCCAGGAUCACAAUUACAAUUUGGGGUGAUUUUGGUGCUGAAAACUUCUUCCAUUGCUACUGUGUAGGUAGUUCCCUUGCCAAAUUAAAGAGCUUGGACUCCAUGUAGAAACUUGAAAUACAAAGCUUGGCGAGGACGCAGGAGGCUGGUUACAUUUGGUUACAAAGCAUUUCGACUGCCAGAAAAUCCAGUCAGUGUGUUGUUUAAAUUCACAAAUCAAAAUAAACACCCAUUCACUGAAAUGAAUUUGCUAAACUUCAGUAUCCCAUCUGGGUCAGCAUCAUUGUGCAUCCUCUUUUUCCCUCCUCGAAUCUCGUCGGAUCAGCGGCUCAGCCUGCCUCCCCUAAUGCCAUCCACUGUGCUCAAGAUGACUAAUGCCCACCUGAAAACAGGGCAACUUCCUUGCAAAUGAUUUCAAAUAAA